GAUUCUCUGUGCCUUGCUAACAAUAGUCUGGGAUCGGCAAGUUUACUGUUAAAAAAACAGCCAGGAGGGCGACAGAGCGGAGCAGAGCUGAGCCGACAGGAGAGCAGAGUUUGCCGAAUACAUGAGACGGUGUGUCCCGGUGUCGGAAAUAAUCACCCAACAUUCUGGGAUUUACAUUUGCAACCAAGGCAAGUGACAGUACAGGCGGGAUUGUUACCAGAUGGAAAUAGCUGUGUCAACCACGCUGCAGGUUGAAGCUGUCUCUUUGCCUUUCUGUGAGAGGAGCGACCCAGACACGACAUUAACAGGAGCGGCCAGCUGCAGCCUAGCUGAAGAUGUCUGAUAAUGGGGAGGUCGAGGACAAGCCCCCAGCUCCGCCCAUGAGGAACACCAGCACCAUGAUUGGCUCCAGUAACAAGGACCCCACCCCCCUCAACCAUGGCUCCAAGCCCCUCCCACCAAACCCAGAAGACAAGAAGAAGAAAGAUCGCUCGAUCCGAUUCAUCCUGACCGGAGGGGGCGAUAAGACCUAUAAGAAGAAGGAGCGUCCAGAGAUUUCUCUGCCGUCUGAUUUUGAACACACCAUCCAUGUCGGCUUUGAUGCUGUUACUGGAGAGUUUACUGGCAUGCCGGAGCAGUGGGCCCGGCUCCUGCAGACGUCCAACAUCACCAAGCUGGAGCAGAAGAAGAAUCCGCAGGCCGUCCUCGACGUUUUAAAGUUCUACGACUCAAAAGAAACGACCAACAGCCAGAAAUACAUGAGCUUCACAGAUAAAAACACAGACGCCUACAGCUCCUGCACCACAACGAGCUCCAAGGCCGUGUCGGAGACGCCCGCUAUAGCAACUGUAUCCGAGGACGACGAUGAAGACGAGGCUGAGCCCCCGCCGGUGAUCGCACCCCGACCAGAACACACCAAAUCAAUAUACACUCGCUCAGUGAUCGAGCCUCUCCCUCCUCCUCCGACCAAAGAUGCUGCGACCUCCCCCAUAUCCCCGCCGACGCCCGCUGCCGCUGCCAUCACCCCUGCCCCCCCUGCAGAAGGAGCUCCCAGCAGCCCUCCCAGUGCAAGCCCCGCCCCCGGGCCUUCUGUGCCCCGCCCCCAGGACAAAACCAGGAAGAAGAAGAUGUCAGACGAGGAAAUCCUGGAGAAACUACGGACGAUCGUAAGUGUGGGAGACCCCAAGAAGAAAUAUACACGCUUUGAGAAGAUCGGACAGGGGGCGUCUGGGACGGUGUACACGGCUAUAGACAUCGCUACAGGACAGGAGGUUGCCAUUAAACAGAUGAACCUGCAGCAGCAGCCGAAGAAGGAACUGAUCAUCAAUGAGAUUCUGGUGAUGAGGGAAAAUAAGAACCCAAACAUAGUCAACUACUUGGACAGUUACCUGGUGGGUGACGAGCUGUGGGUAGUGAUGGAGUACCUGGCUGGAGGUUCGUUGACUGAUGUCGUCACGGAAACCUGCAUGGAUGAAGCCCAGAUAGCUGCUGUGUGCAGAGAGUGUCUCCAGGCGUUGGAGUUCCUCCACUCGAACCAGGUCAUCCAUCGAGACAUCAAGAGCGACAACAUCCUGCUGGGCAUGGACGGCUCCGUCAAACUCACUGACUUUGGGUUCUGCGCCCAGAUCACUCCGGAGCAGAGUAAACGCAGCACCAUGGUCGGGACCCCGUACUGGAUGGCUCCAGAGGUCGUGACCCGUAAAGCCUACGGCCCCAAAGUGGACAUCUGGUCCCUGGGCAUCAUGGCCAUAGAGAUGGUGGAGGGGGAGCCACCGUACCUGAAUGAAAAUCCACUCAGGGCGCUGUAUCUCAUAGCAACCAACGGCACGCCGGAGCUGCAGAACCCGGAGAAACUGUCGACAACAUUCAGAGACUUCCUGAACCGAUGUCUGGAGAUGGACGUGGAGAAGAGAGGGUCGGCUAAAGAGCUACUGCAGCACCAGUUUCUGAAGAUGGCGAAGCCUCUCUCCAGUCUGACCCCUCUCAUUGUGGCUGCCAAGGAGGCUGCCAAGAACAACCGCUAGCUAACUUUGCACUCAUUACUUUCUCUCUCUGUCUACCAUCCCUCCAUCCUCUCUUCUUUCUUCCCUUUUUCGGUAGAUGGGAGGGCGGCGAUCGCUACUGGCUUCAAAUGCCUACAGUCUUUCUCUCCCUUCUUCUUUUUGUCUUUUAUAACUUGUACCAGCUGCUCCUUCACCCAUUGACCUUUGACCCCAAGCUUGAGCCCCAACCCCCGACCCUCGCAGGGAGAAAGAAGGGUAGUUUCUUCCUGUAACUUCUUUUUCGACACUCCACUGGACUCGGACAGGAAGCGAAUGACAUCAGCGGUCGAGCUGCGAUCAAGUGAUGUCAUCGCUGACAUCACCACCCCCUCAGCCAGUACGAACAAUCCAAUAUGAGAGAGAGUGUUUCGACAGAGUCCAAAGACUCAUGGGAGUUCUUUUUUUAAAUCAAUGUUUGUUUUUGUUUUUUUCUAACUUGUCCGUAAAAACCCCGGGCCACAACAGCCAACCAGCACCUUCUGCUGCAGACUGUGUGUGUGUGUGUGUGUGUGUGUGUGUGUUUGCAUGGGUGGGUGGAUGUGUGUGUGUGUGUGUGUGUUAGCUAAGGUCCUAGCUUACUGUCAUGCAUCUAUACGUUUUAGUCAGACAUAUUUCUUCUUUCUGCAUUUGUUGAUUUUCAUUUUAUCACUUUUUUUAAAAUCAAUUUUUGUGUGUGUGCUUGUGUGUGUGUGUGUGUGUGUGUGUAUGUGUGUAUGUAUGUGUGUAUUUUUGGUCACGGGGGGAUAUGGGUAUGUUAAGUAAGUUGAUUGUAGCGUUACCUUCUGUAGUUUUUGACACGGAGCAGGUGAGGUUUGGUACUUUGUCGUGUCUGCAGUGUGAGCUGUGAGUUAGAGAUUAUUAAUAUUCAUUAUAAUAAGGAAAAAAUGGCACGCCCAGAGCCAUCGAUGGACUGAGUUUGGGCGUAAGAGGUUUUCCCUUCAAAACAGCCAUUUUGGCUCCAUGAUAUCUUUCCAGGAGGACCAGUGAAGCGGUGAACUGUGCUGUCAUGUGACAAAGAAAACUUAGUUGUUUACCCAUAAUCCACUCUGCCAAACUCGCUCCAUCUGCAGCUCUGGGACUUCACUGUCUGCGGGCUCGACGCUGAGACUGUGAGGGCGAGAAUGUGCAUGUCAAUAACCUUUUUUUAUACGGUACGUUUAAGAUGGAGAAAAAAUGCUAAUAAAUGAGUUGUGAUAAUGCUGAAACGUAAAGUGACGAUACAUGAAGGAUGCUAGUGUACGACAAGAAAGAUCAUAUCUUAAUCCUAUUUUCAGAAGAAUGAGACAAAUAAAUGGUACGAUGGUACAAUGCUGUUUUUUCCUGCUUGGUGGACUGUUGGAUCCCCAGGAACCCUCUGAACAUACGGUGUAUAUUUUACGUGCAAAAAAGAAAAAAAGCUGCGUUGACAAAAAAAGACGACAACGUUCUGUUUUAGCCUUUGUUUACAGACUCACUGUUUUUUAUAGUUGAUCAAUGUCAGAAAAUGAGUUCACCACCUGUUUUUGAUUUGGAUAUCAAGAUUUGAGUAUUUGUUUUGGAUUUUUUUAUUUUUUAUUUUUUUUAAAAGAACAGAGUUUUUCUUGUUGGCAAAAAAAACGUCCCGUAACUGACGGGUCACAGGUGCAAAUCCUGCAAGAGCCAAAGUUCCCAUCAACAGCCACGGUUGUUCGCUCUGCAUUCGAGCAUCAGAUAAAGAAAACACCUGCGAUGUAAAUACCCACCAAACAUUUCCAAAACAUCUAUUCAAAACUAUCACUUUGAUUUCUGCUCUUAGUUGUUUUUAAUUGUUUUUUUUAUGUAGUGAUGAUGUACCUCUGGCCUUAAACUGUUUCAAAGGUGCAAGACUACUUUGGUACCAGUCUGAUGGCAACGAUACACCGGCAACAUUUUGAGGCAACAGUGAAUAUUGUUGGCAACAUUUCAGGACUGCAACUAACGAUUAUUUUGAUUAUCGAUUAAUCUGCUGAUUAUUUUCUUUGAUAUUUCCCAAGUUUAAAGAUUAAUCAAUUAACAAACAAUUGUGACAUGUUCAUUACAAUUUCCCAGAGCCCAAGGUGAUGUCUUCAAAUGUCAAAGCUAGUCAGUUUACAAUGAUAUAAAAUAAUAAAAGCAGAAUGAUUGGCAUGUUUUGUUAUAAACAGUAAAUAAUGAAUCUGUUAUCAAAGCAUUUGCAGAUUAAUUUUCUAAUCAUCUAAUAGUUGCAGCACUGCCACAGGAUCACCAAACUGAACAAAAUCACAUGUUUAUGAUCAUCAUUGUGGUCACAAAUUUGAACUCUGCAGCAACCAGUGUGAACAAUGACUGCUGAAGUGUAUUUGAGCAAGGCACUAAAGCAAACAGCUGUUUACACUGACUGCAGUACGCAGGAUGAAAGCUGUAAAAAUCCUAAACACGCCUGAAACUGUUGCCACAGUGUGUUUGUGUGUCCUGGUCUGAACCCCCAGCUGGACUUAAAGGACUGUUCUGUGGUUUUCCAUUAGAUUUUCUCUGAGAUCGCUCUGUGGCAGAAUGCUCUGAAAACCAGGUGAACUCUGUAUGUAGUUUAAAGUUUUGCUGUCAAUAAACACUCAUCAAAAGAGGAAGUAACACUAAACAAUCAGAAGCGCAAGAGCUGUCUGCUAAUGAAAAACCACAGGAAGGCUACUUUAAAUGAUCCUUUAAACCUUGGGUUAAUGUUACCAAUUAAUGGUAUUUUGAUGGGAUCGUAUUAAGCUGACAAUUAAAAUGUUGUCGACCUACCAAGAUGGAUUGGACCAAACAGUAUUUGUGAUUAAUUCUCCAGUUUGUUUAACCCGCUGCAGUGUAACAGAUGAGAUGAGCUUCACAAUGUUAUGUUGGAUAAAUUGUCAGUUAAAUAAGGAAUAACUUAGUAGUUUUCUAUUUCAAGUAGUCUAAACUUUUUAGGAAUCAUAGAACAAUCAGAUAACAAGAUAGAUUCAUUUCAUUAACAUUGAUAGAAAACAAGAUAAAUUAAUUUCCUCAUUAAAUCCAUAUGGUUCAGUUGUGUUCAGUGUAUGAAUACCGUAGCUUUCUUUGUAACAGUUUGUUUGCAGUGUCCCCUCUCCUAGGGGAUGAGGAAAUCUUUUCAGUACCCCAGAGUUUCAGGAUAGAGCCCGAUCCAUGAUUAGCAGUCACAUAAUGACAAGCCAUCGCAUACUCAAGAUUCUUAGUGCAAAUAGCCGUUUUAUGUUCAGCAAUCCUCAGUUUUAGAGCUUGUUUAGUUUGGCCAACAUACACCGGACAGCAGAGGCAUUUCAGUAUAUAGAUAAUGUGAAUGCUACUGCAGUUUAUAAAAGACUGGAAUUUGAAUUUUGCAUAAACUCCUUUGCAUCAAGUUUCCUUCACCUUUAGCUGCACAUAAGAGUUCUGCUUCACCUGCAAAAUGUCACUGAAAGAGACACAAACCGACUACAAACAACACAUCUGCGUAGAAGGUUGCUCUUAUGUAGGAGGGGUGGGGUGAGGUCCUGUCAGCUUGUCUCAUGAUCCGUCCAUGAUCAUCCUUUGUGACCAUUAUAUAACUGCCAAGAGAAACUAAUGUUCCUGAAGUAAUAUCACAGCAAAAGUCUGAUGACCAUCACAUUCAGCCUUGAUAAAUCAGCCUCUGUAGGAAACACACGGACUGCUGCUGACUGUUACUGCUGGACCUUAGAACAAGUUAAAUACUAUGCAUUACUUUAGUAAAAAAAAUAAUCAUUUUACUGUAUGAAGUGACCAUCAACAAGCAGGACACAGUUCUCUUAGCAGUUUAAAGGGGGAUUCAGACUUGGUACAGUCCAAGGUCUAAAGGGGGACUUGGUUCAGUCCAGGAUGAGACGGUCAAUGAAUUCCUCACUGCCCAGUGUAUCAGAGCCAUAAUUUAUCUGUUUAUAAGUCAUUUUGAUGAUUUGAAAUAACUCUGAAAAAUGAAAAAAAUAAAACUGUACAAAAACUGA